CUAGAUAACCUUUUCUCCCCCACAAGAAGACCAGCACACACGGACCUCCUGGCAGCCCCAGCAGCAGAAGAGAGACUAAGGAGACGGCAGCCAACGGCAUCCUCUCAUCAAAGGCCAGGCAAGCACGGAAAAGGCAGCUCCCAGCAAGAGAGGGAGAGGAAAUGGUCUCUGUGGGUCUCCAGCUGGUGGGCUAUGCCCUGGGACUCUUGGGCUUGCUGUGUGCCUUCGUGGCCACCCUGCUGCCCAGCUGGAGGACCAGCUCCUACAUCGGCUCCAGCAUUGUCACAGCAGUCGGCUUCUCCAAAGGCCUCUGGAUGGAGUGUGCGACUUACAGCACAGGCAUCACCCAGUGUGACGUCUACAGCUCACUGCUCAACCUGCCCACUGACAUCCAGGCAGCCCAGGCGAUGAUGUCCUCCUCCAUCGCUGUCUCCUUGCUGGCCUCCAUCAUCUGCGUGGUGGGAAUGAGGUGCACCAUCUUCUCGCAAGGCUCCCCGGCCAAGGACAAGGUGGCGGUGGCAGGCGGGGUAGCCUUUGUCCUGGGGGGGCUCCUCUGCUUCAUCCCUGUGGUGUGGAACAUCCAUGUGGUGCUCCGUGACUUCUACAACCCCAUCGUCCCCGACAGCAUGAAGUUUGAGCUUGGGGAGUCCCUGUACCUGGGUGUCCUCUCCUCCCUGGUGUCUCUCAUUGGGGGCUUCAUCCUCUGUGCUUCCUGCCCACCCCGAGACCCACAUGCCACCUAUUACAGCCCUUACCGUUCUCGAACCAUGGUGGGCAGGAGCCAACCAGUGCCAGCCACCUCUCCAAAGGCUAAGAGCGAGUUCAACGCUUAUAACCUGACAGGCUACGUCUAAGGGUGCUGGGCUGCUGCACACCUUCCUGGGGGCCCCUGGGCAAGGAUCCUGUUGCCUGCUUGGAUGGACCGGCCAGGUAAGGAGGCAGGCAGUUGAGCUCAUCUUUCCCACCCUUGCUGUUUUUCCCUGGGCACAGCUUAUUCCUCAAGGAACUAUUUCCUCCCAAACUCACCAAAGACACUUCUCCUGGGUGCAGCUUGCAAACAGCCUGGUAGCUGCAGCCUCUUUGGGGAACUCAGAGCUGAAUCUUCUUUGGGGAAAGCCUCUCUGCAUCCUGAAGAACCAAGCAAGGUGCCCGUAGUCCACAUCUCUGAGGCAUCAAGUUGCUGGUGCUGAACGUGGAGCAGAUGAGGACAUGGGUACAACACCUGCCAAAAACUCAGUGGCCGAAUGUAUGUGGAUCUGUGGGGUCUUGGAUGCCCCCGUAGAGGACAUUGUGCCUGAGGGAUACCUAGGGAACUUGGAAAGUUGCAGGGGAGGGAACUGUUGUGCCUCUUGGGACCUGCAUAGCUGCUGGCUUCAGGAACCAGGGGAAGUUCACCCGGGACUAAUGAUGGCGCAACAGAAAACCAAAUACCAGGUCACACAGUGUAUGGGGCAGAGGCUGCCUCAGAUGGGCCCUUGGAGUGCUUAGCAGCUGUUCUUCGACACAUAUCACAGCUCAUCGUGGCCAGACCAGGCUGUCCGUGAAGUGGGAAGAAUGCCUUCCUUGUUGGAGUAUUUUGAAGAGGACCACAGCAUGCUCAUAGCAAGAUCUCAUGGUGUCCAUUUGGGCCUCUGCCUUUGAAGAGCUGUGCCUCUCAUCUGCGGGUGGGCAGGCAGGUGCAGCAUGGCCUUGGCAGAGGAGCUGGCUCCACAAUAAAGAACCUGACAGGAGAGAGACUGGCUGAUUGGGUGCUUCUGAUUUGGGGCAGCAAAAGUGCCAGUCUUUGUGGUUGGGCCAGAGAGCCCUGGUCUGUGGGCUUCAAAGAGGCAUCAGUGUCAGGAAAGGCAGCACUGAAUCAAUGAGACAGAGUUGGGGCAAGAGGAGGGAGCAAAAUCCAGGACACGAAGGGGGGCCCA